UCGCAUUUUCACCCUAAAAAAACCCGAAACAUUUCAUUAAAAAAAAUUCAAGCAGUUUGCGAUCUCCAAUUACUGAGAACUUCGUCUAGGGCUUUCAAAUUUCCAUUCGAUUCAUCGUCGUCGUCGUCAAAUCUGCAGCUUCUGAGGUCUCCUUGAGAUCGGAUGAAUCAGAGAGGGAGAUACCCUCCUGGAAUCGGGAACGGGCGAGGGGCCGAUGGACCCCCAAACCCUAGCCCGAACCCUAACCCUAAUUACUAUGGCCGAAACCCUAAUCAGCAGCAUCAACUGCAGCAGCAGUUCUCUCAGAGGGGAAAUCAGAUGCAGAGUCCGCAACAAUUUCAGCAGCAGUGGUUGAGGAGGAAUCAGAUCGGAGGCGAUGCUGGAUCCAGUGAGGUUUCAAAGCCUAGACAAUCACAAGCUAUUGAUUCUAGCUCCCCGGAUUGGAAGGCACAGUUAAAGAUACCACCACGUGAUACUCGUUACAAAACAGAGGAUGUAACGGCUUCUAAAGGAAAUGAGUUUGAAGACUAUUUUCUUAAGCGGGAGCUGCUUAUGGGAAUAUAUGAGAAGGGUUUUGAAAGUCCUUCUCCUAUUCAGGAAGAGAGCAUCCCAAUCGCUCUGACCGGAAGUGACAUUCUUGCUAGAGCUAAAAAUGGAACUGGAAAGACAGCUGCUUUUUGUAUUCCUGCACUAGAAAAGAUCGAUCAAGAUAACAAUGUUAUUCAAGUUGUUAUACUAGUUCCUACACGAGAAUUGGCUCUUCAGACGUCACAAGUCUGCAAGGAACUCAGUAAGCAUUUGCAGAUUCAAGUUAUGGUCACCACCGGAGGAACUAGCUUGAAAGAUGAUAUCAUGAGAUUGUAUCAACCUGUCCAUUUGCUUGUUGGCACACCGGGUCGGAUUCUUGAUCUUGCAAAGAAAGGUGUUUGCGUCUUGAAGGAUUGUUCAAUGCUUAUUAUGGACGAGGCAGACAAGCUUCUAUCUCCUGAAUUUCUACCUUCAGUAGAGCAGCUUAUUCGUUUUCUUCCUGCAAAUCGACAGAUUUUGUUGUUUUCUGCAACUUUUCCUGUAACCGUGAAGGAUUUCAAAGACAGAUACCUGCCUAAACCAUAUAUAAUUAAUCUUAUGGAUGAACUGACCCUAAAGGGAAUCACUCAGUAUUAUGCAUUUGUAGAAGAAAGGCAGAAAGUCCACUGCCUAAACACCCUUUUCUCAAAGCUUCAAAUCAACCAAUCUAUUAUAUUUUGCAAUUCUGUCAACCGGGUUGAAUUAUUGGCCAAGAAGAUCACUGAACUUGGCUAUUCUUGCUUCUAUAUUCAUGCUAAGAUGUUGCAAGAUCAUCGGAAUCGAGUGUUCCAUGACUUUCGUAAUGGUGCAUGCAGAAAUCUUGUUUGCACAGAUUUGUUUACAAGGGGUAUUGAUAUUCAAGCAGUUAAUGUUGUCAUCAACUUUGACUUCCCCAAGAACUCAGAGACAUAUCUACACAGGGUUGGACGUUCAGGAAGGUUUGGUCACCUUGGUUUAGCAGUGAAUUUGAUCACCUAUGAGGACCGUUUCAACUUAUACAGGAUUGAACAAGAACUGGGUACUGAAAUAAAGCAGAUUCCUGCUCAGAUAGAUCAGGCUAUUUACUGCAGAUGAUCUCAGGCUACAAUUUCCAUAUCUUCAGAAUUGGUGAAAAGAUCGCCUGUAAAUACUAGCUUAACGAGGCUAAUGGGUUGCAUUCUCCAUAAUGUCAAAUUGUAGCUGAAGGAGAAUGCUGAGAGUCAUUAUGUUCAGUUCUUUCCAAUGGGUUCUUUAUGCUCAUUACGCCAAUUGUGGUAGUUGGUUCGAGACAUUCUGGUACUUGCAUAUUUCUUAUCUUCAGAGAGAUGCUUUUAGAACUAACAAAUUGUCCGUUCAUCCUUUAGGUGGACUGUUUCUCAAGUUAGUUUGCUUUUAAUCAGGUAUCCAUAUUUGUUGUAUUGCAAUGUUAAGCGAGAGGCCUUGUCUUUAUGUUGUUUCUAUGCUCGGACAUUUGAGCCUUUAGAGUUCUCUUCCGGAAAAACAAAAAGCCAAAAAAAAAAAAAAAAAAAAAAAAAAAAAAAAAAAAAAAAAAAAAAAAAAAAAAAAAAAAAAAAAAAAAAAAAACAAAAAAACAAAAAAAAGAGAAAAAAAGAAAAAAGAAAAAAAAGAGGGGGAAAAAGAGGAAAAGAAAAAAGUGGGAAAAACCAUGUAGUUGAAUCUUAGUUUUUUGUUAGUCUGGCUGGUGUGAGGAUGAUGCUAUUAGAUGUCAAUAUGUCAUUCAUGUGGAAUCUUUUAAUUUUAUUUUUUUAUCCCUUACUUAUUUUCUAGUGGAUACUGCUUGACUAGUUUUUCUAGAUCAGUGUGGAACUAUGUUUGUAACUUCGGAUAGCUUUAUCUUGCUACUGUAGCAAAUUACUGUACAUCAAUUGACAAGCAAGUUGGUUACCGCGAAGUUUGAAGCCUUUCCUGUGU